AUGGGUGCCGUCGAGAUGUUGCAAGGGCAGUCGCUCAUCCUGACCGUCAGCGUGUUAACCUCCCUGGGCUUUAUGCUCAUUGGUUUCGACAAUGGCCUCAUGGGAGGACUUGUCGGCUCACCCGCCUUCAAUUCGACGUUCGACACCCCUGGAUCGGACAUGAUCGGUUUAAUCGUUGCUAUUUACGAGAUCGGUUGUUUCUUCGGAUCCAUAUUUUCUGCCAUAUUCGGAGAGAAAUUGGGUCGUCGGUCGUCCAUUACCAUCGGAGCCUGGAUUAUGAUCAUCGGUGCCAUUUUGCAAGCGUCUGCAUUUGGCCGCGCGCAGCUCAUCCUCGGUAGGAUCGUGUCUGGUUUCGGCAUGGGCAUCAUCAAUUCGACUGUCCCCGUCCUUCAGGCUGAAUUCAGUCCCAAGUCGAGCAGAGGAGUUUACGUCUGUGCCCAGCUCUCGACGCUGAACUUUGGUAUAUUCCUGGUGUAUUGGAUCGACUAUGCCUUCUCGUCCCAUACCGCCAGCUACGCCUGGAGGGUUCCCGUUAUCCUUCAAUGCGUCUGCAUUAUUCCAAUGCUAUUCCUCAUCACCAUUAUCCCCGAGACCCCUCGUUGGCUGGCAUCUCACGACCGGCCCGACGAGAGUCUCAAGAUUCUCGCCCGUAUCCAUGCUACCUCUACAGAUGAUGUCGAGGUGCGCCGCAUGCACAGCAUCAUCAUGCAGACUGUCGCCAUCGAGUCCUCUGUCGGCGCAGGUUCAUGGAGGGAUCUGCUGAAGAACGACCGCAUCAAGUCUCAGCGGAGACUGCUCAUUGCCUGCGCCAUUCAGAGUUUUCAGCAACUCGGUGGUAUCAACGCCGUGAUUUACUAUGCGAGCACUCUCUUUCAGCACAGUAUCGGCUUUGACUCGCACAUGUCCUCCCUCAUGUCUGGUUUCCUACAAACCUGGUUCUUCCUGGCUUCCUUCAUUCCAUGGUUCCUGAUUGACCGCGUCGGACGACGACCUUUGCUCCUUUCCAUGAUCAGUGUGAUGGCAGCCGUCAUGGCUAUCCAAGCUGGUCUUAUCUAUCAAGUGCAGAACAACACCUCCAUCGCGCGUUCCGCCGGUAUUGGCGCUGCUGCCAUGCUGUUUGUGUUUCAGGGAGCAUUUACCAUCGGCUUCCAGGCUACCGUCUGGGUCUACCCGGCGGAAAUUCUUCCUCUCCGCAUGCGCCAACAGGGUUCUGCUAUUUCCACGGCUAUGAACUGGAUUUUCAACUAUAUGAUUGUGCAAAUUACACCGAUCGCCAUUGACAAAAUCGGCUGGAAAACCUACAUUAUCUUCGCCGUGCUGAACGCGACCUGGGUGCCGAUCAUCUACCUGUUCUUCCCCGAGACCAAGGGCCUUGAGCUCGAAGAUGUGGACCGUCUCUUCGCUGGAGAAGACCUUAUGGACAGAUUGGAUGAAAAGCACGCAGGCGACUUAACAGUGGAAAAACAAGAAUGA